AUGGAUAAAAUUCUAGCAGGGAUUGAAAAUGUACACUGUUACCUGGAUGAUAUCCUUAUUACUUCUCAGUCUUUUGAAGAUAUGUACGAAAAGGUUAAGGAGGUUUUGUCCCGAUUGCAACAGUACGGAGUGCGAAUUAACGCAGGGAAAAGUGAAUUUUUUAGGGACAGUCUUACAUUUUUGGGACAUCGUCUGGAUGCAAGGGGAAUAUACCCCAGUGAGGAAUUAACAGCAGAUAUUGUUAAGGCUCCUAGGCCAACCGAUCUAACCCAACUGCGGUCAUACAUAGGCUUAUUAAACUACUACGGGAAAUUUCUCCCAAAUUUGUCUACUCUGCUACACCCUUUAUACAACUUGUUAAACAAGGGGGUCAAGUGGUCCUGGUCGGAAGAGUGUGAAAGAGCAUUUCAAAAGAGUAAAGAGCUCCUUUUGACAAACAAGGUUCUCAUACCCUUCAAUCCGAAACUAGACAUAGUUGUCAUGGCGGAUGCUAGUCCAUAUGGAGUAGGGGGGGUAAUCUCACAUCGGCUUCCUGACGGGUCCGAAAAACCCAUAGCCUUUGGAUCAAGAACACUAUCAGUACAUGAGGCUCGAUACUCACAAAUAGAGAAGGAAGCGCUCGCUUUAGUAUUUGUUGUAAAAAAAUUUCAUACCUUCUUGUACGGUAGACGUUUUAUCUUAGCAACGGAUCACCGUCCUUUGACCUUUUUGCUUGGUCAUAACAAGUCAAUCCCUACUUUAGCAGCCGCCCGGAUUCAGAGAUGGGCUCUGACCCUAGCAGCUUAUGAUUACGAGCUGGUUUACCGAAAAGGUUCUGAUAUGUGUAAUGCAGAUGCAAUGUCAAGACUGCCCUGUAAUGUUGAUUGCAACCCAGAUGAAGUCGUAGCUUUCUUUUCUUCCAUUGAUGAAAUGCCUAUAACCUUCAAGGAGAUUAGUCUCGCCACCCGCCACGACCCCGUCUUGUCUAAGGUGUUGGACCAUACGUUGAAUGGGUGGCCUAGCUAUAACAACAGCCCCCAAUUGAAGCCAUAUUUCUCAAGGUCUACCGAAUUGUCUGUUGAGCAGGAUUGCUUACUCUGGGGAAGGAGAGUUGUGAUACCGGCGCCGCAUCGGAAGGAAGUUUUGGCACUCUUGCAUAAGGAACAUCCAGGGGAAAGUCGAAUGAAAAAUCUGGCCCGCAGUUACGUGUGGUGGCCCAACAUGGAUAAUGACCUAGAGGAGAUGGUUAAAAAUUGUUUUAUUUGUCAGUCCACUCGGAAUUCGUUGCAGUUAGCCCCGUUACAACAGUGGUCGUGGCCCAAGCAUUGCUGGCAGCGCAUACACAUUGAUUUUGCCUCAUUCCACAAUAAGGAGUUUUUGAUUAUUAUUGAUAGCUUUUCAAAAUGGAUGGAGGUUAUCUACAUGACGUCAAUCACGUCAGCCAAGACAAUCGAGAAACUCAGGACUUGUUUUUCUGCCUACGGUCUUCCGUCAACUUUGGUAUCAGAUGGUGGCCCUCAACUUAAUUCAAAAGAGUUUGAUGAUUUUUUGAAAGCCAAUGCUAUCCUUCAUGUGGUCACCCCACCGUACCACCCAGCUUCGAACGGCCUUGCUGAACGAGCGGUACAGACUACCAAAAAAUCUUUUAUCCGUCAGCUUUUACAUGAUGAGAAGUCCGGAGAACCUCGGGCUUUACAACAUCGCAUCGACAGUUUCCUCUUCGCCUAUCGAAAUACUCCGCAUUCGACCACAGGAAGUACCCCAGCAGAGUUAUUCUUACGAUUUGUACCAAGAAAUCAUUUGAGCUUGUUAAAACCCCACCUCGCUCGUUCAGUUGAUGAAAAACAGUUGAAAAUGGAAGAAGCGGCUAAUAAGAGAAGAGGCAAAUUCAGAUCAUUUGUAGUAGGGGAGGAAGUAUAUGUUAAAAGCGUAAGACAGGAAUCUUUAAACUGGAUGCCAGGACAGGUUGUUAAGGUAGUGAGUCAAGUGACUUAUUUAGUGAAGGUACAAGGCCGUACUCGCUUUGUUCAUGCUGACCACUUGCGUCCUAAAUUUGGAACAAAUGUCGAAGAAGAAACUCUUAUGACAUUACCUACACCAGUUUCCCCAGGAAGGCCUAAGACUAGCCCGGGUAUUAAUAAAACAGUAGAGGAGAUGAAGGAUGGUUGCGAGAUGGAUCAACCUAUAAUUCAAGACGAAGUACAUGAACCUGACCCAGUGAAGACAGUAAAAACCCCAAGCCCCGGAGGACCUCUUCGCCGUUCUCAGCGUGAGAGAAAACCUCCAAGGAAACUCGAUCUUUAA